GUGUUUAACAUAACAUCCCGACUGUUUUCAGAAUGUCUCAGCAUUCAGCUUGUGGGUGAAUACAGCGUACACCCUCCAUGCAGUCUGUCGGUUUUCUACGCCAAGAAAAUCUAUCCCCACACGAUGACAAUUGGAUACUGGGUACCAAACUUUAUAAAAGACGCGACCAGUCGCGUUAUUAAUUCCUCAAUUCCCUUUUCACAAUGUUCGCUUGUAUUUCCACCUACGCUUUGGCCGUUUUGGCUUUGCCUCUCCUCGUGGCUAGCAGUGCCGUCCCAAGGCAAGAGACCAACACGAACGUUACCGGCGGGAUGUGCAACACCGGUUCAGCCCAGUGCUGCAAGUCUGUUCAGGACCCCAAGUCUGAAGCCGCCCAGAACGCCCUUGGUCUUGUGGGAGUUCCUAUUGGUGAUAUCACUGCCAAUGUUGGUCUCACCUGCGACCCCAUCACGGUAAUUGGUCUCGGCACCACCUCGUGCUCCAACCAGCCGGUGUGCUGCGAGAACAACAGCUUCAACGGUGUUGUUGCUCUGGGCUGCACUCCGAUCAACGUGGCAGCCUAAAUGUGGACUGCAUGAUUUGUUUUUGAGUUGUUUCUAAUUAACAUUGAUAUUUUGGUGAUUUUCAUGAGAAUCUGGCUUGAUGGUGUCGAAAGUCAGCCGGCGUGGAUAGUAAUAGGUUUGAGUUACUUCGUUAUAAUAACGGACUCGGUUAGAAUACCU